ACAGAGAGAUUAACAUGCUCUCCGACUCUGCAGCCUGCUCCGUCCCCUCAGCUCUCCCACAGUGUGCAGGAAUGUUUCGAGAAACGUUUUAAUGCAGACGUGAAGGGACUGAUUGAGUUGAGGCAGAGUCUCUAGACGACUGAGGGAGGGGAGCUGGAGGGCGUGGGCUGGAUUUCACUUUGGAGACUUUUUUACACAAGUGUACAGCCUGCUCAGCUGUGGACACGGGACUGGAGUUUGUCUGUUAACGACUUAUUUUGACUUUAUUUUAUCAUAAUUUUAUGACAGACGCACUGAAGUUGGAUAGUGGACCUGGUAUUAUAUGGCCUCAGACAACCCCCCAAAAAACGGUUUCACUUCCAUAUAGAUUGGGAUAGGACUAUUUGUAACUAAAUUUAAUCUGAACAGUGGAGGAGGCAGUGAGUCAAAUGGCAGAGGAAUAUGAGAUUUCCUGUGCGUCAGAAUUUAUUAAAGAUCGGCUGUAUUUUGCUACUCUUCACGUCAAACCAAAGAACACAGCCAACGCACACUACUUCAGCACGGAUGACGAGUUCAUAUAUGAGAGUUUCUACACUGAUUUUGGGCCCCUCAACCUGGCCAUGCUGUACAGAUACUGCUGCAAACUUAACAAGAAGCUUAAGUCUUUCACAAUGUCCAGGAAGAAGCUGGUUCAUUUUACUUGUUAUGACCAGAAGAAAAGAGCCAAUGCUGCUGUCCUUAUUGGUGCCUACGGUGUUAUCUAUUUGAAAAGAAGUCCAGAAGAAGCCUACAGGACUCUUAUCUCAGGAAACAACACAGCAUAUCUGCCAUUCAGGGAUGCAGCAGUAGGAGAGUGCUCCUUCAACCUCUCUGUGCUCGACUGCUUACAAGCAAUUCGCAAGGCGUUACAGUAUGGUUUCCUGGACUUUGACAGCUUUGAUGUUGAGGAUUAUGAACACUACGAGCGUGUAGAGAACGGGGAUAUGAACUGGAUCAUACCAGGGAAGAUUUUGGCAUUCAGCAGCCCACACCCUCGCAGUAAGAUAGAUAAUGGUUAUCCUCUCCAUGCACCAGAAGCAUACUUUGCAUACUUUAAGCAAAACUACAUCACAUCCGUGGUCCGUUUAAACAAGAACUUGUAUGACAGCAGGCGGUUUGAACAUGCAGGAUUUGAACACCAUGAUCUCUUCUUCCUGGAUGGGACCACACCCUCUGAUCUCAUCAUCAGGCGCUUUCUGCAUGUGUGUGAAAACAAUGAAGGGGCUGUGGCCGUGCACUGUAAAGCUGGCCUGGGCCGUACAGGCACUCUCAUUGGCUGCCACCUGAUGAAGCACUUCCGGUUCACUGCAGCUGAAGCCAUUGCUUGGAUCAGAAUCUGCCGGCCUGGAUCCAUCAUUGGCCCACAACAGAACUUCUUAGAGGAGAAACAGCACAGUUUGUGGGUCCAGGGUGACGUCCAUCGCUCCAAACAGAAACUGGUUCAGCAGAGGCUGAGUCGGCGGCAGCAGCGUCAGCAGACUCACAGCCCUGACUCUGAGGAAGGGAAACAGGAAACCAUGUCCCGCCUCGUAUCAAGCAUGGAUGACCUGUCAAUCAACAACACCCUCUUCAAAUCAUACAGCAUGGAUGAAAAUAACUGCAAAGAAAGUAGUCUGACGCAGGGAGACAAACUGAGAGAACUGAAGGGAAAGAGAUCAGUUUCUUCCUUCUCAAGGUUAAACCUGUCAAAGGCCUCUCAUUGCUCCAUCCUCCCACCACCUAAAUCCCCUAAAGUCCCCCUCUCCUUCUCCUCUUCAUCCUCCUCAAAGAAGCUUGAGCGAAGCUCCUCCUCCUCUGUCACACAUUUCAAGAGCCCCUUCAGCCUCCGUCUGUUCAGCACCAGGCCGGCUGUAAUUCACUGACAGAUGACUCAUGUCAGAAACCACACCAGUUCUCCACCAACAUGCUGUGGCUGUCCAGGCCUUAAAAAUCGUAUCAGUCGUGACAUGCCUCACUUAUUUGUCUGUCACGGUAACAGUGUAUUUAUUAAUGCAGGGAUUCACAGAAAACAGUCAACUUCAAGAUGGUGAAUGGGUGACAUCAUGGUUGUGGGUCAUUAUUCAUUUUAACCAUGUGAUUAAAGGACUGGCACCAUAUCCUCUUAUCUAUAAAAAAAAACUUGAGCCUGAGGAUGAUGUCUGUUAUGUAAUUACAUGAAAGUAUUGCAAGCUUUAAAAUGAGAACAUAAAAACAUGAUAACAACUUAACUGUCAGGAAGGAGAAAACAGACAAACUUUGAAUUUUUCACAUCAGUUGCUUCAUAGUUCAUACAUACACGCUUCAUUAUCACUAGUUUAUCAACCUACUACUCAGUUAGCUUGGCAACAUCCAGUCAUAUAUGUUCAAGUGCACAGUGUGGCCCCUAUAGCAAGAAACUUUUUCCUAAUACUGUUGAAAUGUUCAUUCAUAAUAAUUUUUCUUUGCUCCUUGGAUUUCUUGAGAGCUCCCUCAAAGAACAGCAUCAUUACAAUAGUAAACAAUUCCUCCAUUAAUGUAACACCUUGUUCAAACAAUGGAACAAUAACAUCAGCAGUGCAGUGGAACAAGGUCAUGUGACUCUCAACUGCAACUGCACUUAUUUUUAGAAGUUUAAUGCAGUAAAUGUUUCUCAACAAAAAAAUAACAAUAAAUUGUUUAUCAGCUAA